ACACAAGUUUAAGAUGUGAGUUUUCUGUGGAAAGUAGUCUAAGACACAAAUCAGGAACUUCGCUGCCGAUACACUUCAAUCUGUUGUUGUGUUAAAUCAAAGUUUGUGGGUAUGUGUUUGAGGGCUCGUUAAGGGCUAGUUGUUGUUUUUUUGGGCUCCUCGGGGUUGAGAAGGAUUGUUGCGUUCGAUACCUGGACAGUAGAGGCCUGAGACAUGCUACCGGGCGGUGCGUUCAGGGCCCUCCUCCUCCUCCUGGUCAGCGGAGUUUCAGCUGGGAUUGUUCUGCCUCCAACUAACUUGACUGUGAGCUGCAAUAAUGUCAACAUCAUGGCCAGCUGGCAAUCCAGCCGGCAACAACCAAACACCAGGUUCAGAGUGCACUUCAAAGGUGCAGCUGGGGAAGAAAAGAAAGAAACCACUGACCAUAACUUUGAUCUGAGUCAGUUUGUAUGGAGAUCUGAAGAACGCUACAUGGAAGUCCAUUCUGUUUCUGUUAUAGCCAUACUGGGAGGAAACCAGUCUGAACCAGUACAGUCUGAAACUUUCACCUUUAACGAAUUUAAGACUUCUGAUAUGAAAUGUAAAUUAGACUUCCCUCCCAUGGAUCUGAAAGUAGACGACUCAAAUGGCACAGUGACUUUCAGAAACCCUGUCCACUUCUACAGAGAACUGCGGCAGGCGGUCGGGAAAUUUGAAUUUGACGUCACCACUACAGACGGUAAAAUGAUUACAGGGACAUGCCUAGCGGAUCAGGAAAACUGCCAACGUGAGAUCACGGAUGUGGACAAGUGCGUCACACUGAGAGGACGGUUGUAUGACGGAAAUGGCAUUUGCUAUGUCGUAUUCAACGAGGCGGGUCCUAUCUGUCUCGACACGACAUCUGAGAAAAAGAAACCAACAGAUCAAGGAAGAGAUAUCCAUGUGAUACUUCUUAUUGUACUGCUGCUUGUGAUUUUCACGGUAGUCAGCGUGAUAGUAGUGUCUAUCUGUUUGACAAAGUCCUGGACAUUUAAGAAGGAUGAACCCAGUCUACCCAACGUUCUGAAACCCUACACAGACAUCAGGAAACAGUAUUUUACUGGGAAUGACUACAUACAAAAGUACAGUGCUGUCAGACUAAUCAAAAACAAACCCAGUAAGAGUCCGUCAAUCAGCUCCGGCGACGAUGACAACCUGCAGGGCAGCAACGAUGGAUCAGAUGUCCAUUAUCAGUACGGUUGUUACAGGGAUGGAAGAUGUUUAGAAAACAGAAACCAGCAGCCGGAGCUGGAAUGCAGCAGGUCAGGUGAUGACUCUGCAGACGACUCAGUGAAAACAGAGGAAAGGUCCCCCUAUGACUCCCCACAGAUUCUGCUGCUGGACAUGGGAAACAGAGCCACAGACAAGGGUUCCGAAAAAAAAUGAAACAACUGUCCUACGAGUGUUUUUGGGAUUAAAUGUUUCGUUGGAUGAUUUUAACUCAGGGAA